AGUGUUAGCUUAACUGUGACUGCUAAACCCUGAGGAGCAUUGAAAGUGUAUUUCCGAGUGUUCAGGUACAGUGUUAUCAAUAUAAACACCGGUUUACAUAAACAGCUAUGCCUGAGAAUACUAUGGAAAAGCCAAACAUAGUUACAUGCACCGCUCCAGUGAAUAUAGCUGUCAUCAAAUACUGGGGAAAAAGAAAUGAAGAAUUAAUUCUACCCAUUAAUUCAUCGUUGAGCGUCACAUUGCAUCAAGACCAGCUGAAAACAACCACAACGGUUGCAACUAGCAGAUCAUUUCAAGAAGAUCGAAUAUGGCUAAAUGGCAAAGAGGAGGAUAUAACCCAUCCAAGACUACAGUCCUGUCUGAGAGAGAUUCGCAGACUAGCAAGGAAGAGACGUAAUGAUGGGGACCCUGCUCUGGAUCCGUCUGUUCUGUCUCUCAAAGUCCACAUCUGCUCGGUUAACAACUUCCCCACUGCUGCCGGGCUCGCCUCCUCUGCUGCUGGAUUUGCUUGUUUAGUUUACACUCUGGCCCGGGUGUUUGGCACAGAGGGGGAGUUGUCUGGGAUUGCUCGGCAAGGCUCAGGCAGCGCAUGCCGCAGUAUGUAUGGAGGGUUCGUGCAGUGGAUCAUGGGACAGAAAGAUGAUGGCAAGGACAGUCUAGCCCAGCAGGUGGAGCCAGAGGCUCAUUGGCCUGAGCUCAGAAUCCUUGUACUUGUGGCCAGUGCUGAGAAGAAGUCAGUUGGAAGCACAUCUGGGAUGCAAACCAGUGUACAAACAAGCUGUCUCCUAAAGCACCGGGCAGAGUCUGUCGUCCCGGGCCGGAUGGAGGAGAUGAUUGAAGCGGUGCGGGGAAAGGACUUUGUUGCAUUUGCUGAACUAACCAUGAAGGACAGUAACCAGUUCCAUGCAACCUGCCUUGACACAUACCCUCCUAUCUUCUACCUCAACAGUGUGUCUCAACAGGUUAUCAACUUGGUGCAUCGGUAUAACAGACACUACGGGGAGACAAGGUUGGCCUACACAUUUGAUGCAGGCCCCAACGCUGUGAUCUACACUUUGCAGCAGCAUGUUCCUGAGUUUGUUCAGGCAGUGCAACAUUUCUUCCCCCCUGAGAGCAACGGAGGACAGUUUAUUCAGGGUCUUCCAGUUAACCAAGCUGCUCUUUCCGAGGAGCUGAAACAGGCUAUUGGUCUAGAGCCUAUGCCAAAAGGAAUCAGCUACAUUAUUAGUACAAAGGCUGGACCAGGCCCUCGUGUUGUGGAAGAUCCCACUCAGCAUCUAAUUGGAUCUGAUGGGAUGCCUAAACAUACUGUAUGAUGCUCUGCAGCCCUAAAUGGACACAUUUCCAGCAAUAAUGAAGCCAGUUCAGCAAAAAUAAAAAUGUUGUCAAAUGUAGCUAUAUUUUGUACAGCUGACCUUGUGAUGGCUGCCCAAUCCGAGUACAUGAUUGUGCCUGUAUGGCUUUGACGGUCUGUGAUGUAUCAAUGUGUUUAACCAUGUAAAGCCCAAAUAUAGAAAUACAUUAGAAUUUAUUUUUUUGACCUUUCAGAUGUUGUAGGAAGCCUCUGGAACAGAAAUGAAAGAGUUUUCAUAAUUUUUUACGUUUUGGUAAUUUUUAGAGAAAUGUAAUAUUGCAAUGUUGGGCUUAGGUGGGAGCAGAAUUUCUGUAUUUCUACUCUCAUUGUCUGAAUAAAUAUAUUGAACAACUAAG